GAAUUAUUAAGUGUUUGAUCACCAAAAGUGUAAUUGAACUGAGUUAAAGACUUCCAACAAAUUUAAAUUAGUAAUUUAUUUGAUUUGAUUUGAUUGAUUUAAUUGAUUUUGGAAGUAGAAGUUUUAAUUUAAAAGGAAAUUUAUUUGCAAACAAAAAAGAAAGAAAAGAAGAUUUAAUUAACUUAUUUCGCAAUUAAUUUAAGAAUAACAAACAAAAUUCUAUCUAUUAUCAAAUGAAUUCUCAUAUUUAAUUUAAAGGAAAUAACUAGCAAGCGGCAAAUCCCAUAGUUGAAGAGAUUAAAAAUUUUUACAUAAAUGAUAUAUACGAGAUCGUAAAGAAUAGCAAAAGGAACAUUCACUUUUCCAUUCUUUUAUUUUGCUUUUACUAAUUAACGCUCGUCUAAAUGCAGUUAGAUAACUCCACUUAUAAUCAAUUAACGUCAAAUAAUGGAAUAUAUUCUAACUUUAUUGAGUAUGUCUUCUUUUUAAAAGAAUUUACAAAUAGUACAAGGAAUUAGCAUCAAUAGGAUUACGCAGUUAUAGCAUUUUUUACAUUAAAUUGCUUUAUUCUUCUUUUUUUGUUCAUAAAUUUGAUUUUUAGAGACAGGAUUAGAAAGGAUAAGUUUGAAAUAGUUUCACAACUGCUCCAAAGUUAUGAGUACAUCAUUUCUCUACCUUCACUCUAUAUUUCUCUGUCUAAUUACUAGUUCUAUUUGUCAUUCGUUAACAUUCCAAUAACUAUUUUUAUAGGAUCACUAAUAGUGUCUCUAGAUUAUGAUUACUAAUUCUUAGAAGAAGACCUAUUGUAAAAAAGCGACUCUCAUUUAAACCCAACAAUUUUCCACUUGAAUUUAGUUCUUUGUAUUACUAGUUGCUUUUUUGACAUUUAUGUGAAUAUAGGAUGCUCAUUUGUUAUAAACGUGCUGAAGUUAUUUAUUAAUUUAAGAAACCACACUUAUAUCAAUAAAAAAGCAUGUCGAUGGAUGAUUAUUCUUUCUUUAAUGAAAAUAUGCUUGAUAUUUCCUUUGCUAGUCUAUUGUCUAUAGGGAGAAAUGCAAGAAUUAUUAUUUUUAGUCAGCUUAGUUAUGUUUCCGAUAUCGUAUAAGUUAGGAAAUAUACUAUUUGUUAAUUGGUAUAACUAUAUUAGCCUUGAUAGUGUAGCUGAUGAAAAUCAUGUAUCAAGUUUUAGCCUAUUCAAUAAUAUUCUUGAUGAAAAUAACGAAAAUAAAAAAAUAGAUAUAUUUUGCAGACUUUUAGUUGAUAAUUUGAAAGAAAAAAUUAAAUUCUCAAAUUAAGUAAAGAAUUCAACAUUCAUAUUUGCUUAGCAGGUAUAUUAUUUAGAUGAAGAAGAGAAAGAAAAUUCAAAAAAAGAAGAAACUUAAUUACUCCUCAGAAAUCCUACUGAUAAAAAAAAUUAAAUAACUAAAACCAUUUCCAAGCUUAAAGACAAGCUUAAAGAGAAAGAAGAAUUUAUUGAAAAUAACUCAGCCAAUGUCGAUGAUACAUUUAAUUCAAAGUCUUUAUAGGUUAUAAUAAAGAUUUAUAAUUCUAUUUUGAAUAAAAAAAAAUCUAAAAGUUCUUAGUUAACUGAAUUACAUUUUUCUUACCUAACUUUAUUAUCUACUUUGAACUUAAAUUCUUGUCUUUCUUACACUUAAAUCUUGAAUAUCAAGUCGAACACAAAGCUUCGUUUAGGAUGGAAAGACUAACAAAAGAUGAAAAACAUUAUGAAACUUGCUGAUAUUCAAUCUAUGCUAAACUAAAAAAGAAUUAAAAAAGGUGAUGAAUUUUAAUUGUACCACAUAUUAAAAUUUGAAGAGGAAAUGAAUAAAAUUUAAAAGCAAUAUUUUGAGUGCAUGAGAUAAUACAAAAUGGCUGUUGAAAAGUUGUCUAUGAGUUUUAUAGAUAUCAACGAAAUUUUAAUUCUUUUGAAGUAAUACAGAGAUGAAAGAGGUAAUUUAGAGAAUAAAAUCAAACAGUAGUUAUAGUUUAACAGUCACAGCGAAUCAUUAAAGAAUCUGUGCAUAAACUUUGAUUAUUAUAUGCUCCAUAAUUAGUCUCUGCUUAAGUUCUAUGAAAAGCAAAACAGAUAAUCGAUUUUACAGCUUAAGACCAAAGAGUAUUACAGUAAGCAAAGCUGUUUUAUUUAUGUUUCGCUGCUUGAGAGAUCAUUUGGUAUUGUCUAAAAGGCAAACAGAGCAUUUAUAUAAGCAUUCGGCUUUGCCAAUAAGUCUCAAGUCUUAAACAAAUCUAUUUUGUAAAUAUUCCCAAAUAACUUCUUUAAAAAAUCGUAAGAAAGCGUGCUUUCAAAAAUAAUAAAUGAGAACUUCCUUUCUCUGUAUAAUUAAUAUUUUCAUUUACCCCUUUUUAUAGGCAAGAAUUCCUUAGGAUAUGCGAUACCAUUACAGUUAAAGAUUCAAAGUUAGAUUGUGGACUAAAACGACUUUGGAGUCACUAUAUGGGCAAAGCCAAUUAAAGAUGAUAAUCUCUACGUCCUUCUUGAUUCCAAAGACCACUCAAUAAUUAAAGUUGCUAGCAAAAUAUUUUAUGAUGAAUUCAUGUAUGAUAAUUUUAAUUUGCAAUUCUAACGAGCUUUGAGAAUGGACAGCUUAAUUCCCAUAAUAGAUGAUUUAAUUAAGACAAGCAAGAUAGAAGUAGGAAAAAAAUUUGAAACCAUUCUCAUUUAACCUUUUGAUAGAGUUGAAGCAUAGUCUAGAUCGAAUAUUAAAGACCCGAAUUUCUUAAAUCAUUUGAAGUUUUAGAAUAUCUUCUAAGUGACUGUUCACUUUUAGAGCUUUGAUUCAAAGCUAGCGCAGUUUGUAAACAUGAUCAUAGAGAACUACGAGCCAAUAUACUACUUGAAGGAUAAGAUUUAAUAUAUUUAAUUGUAUUAAAAUCAAAUAAAAGAAUUAUGUGGAAUUUAAUUGUAAUUCGAUCCUAACUACGAAGAAGAUAAUAUGAGCGAUAUCAGAGCAAAAUCUUAUUAUUUUGAAAAUUCUUUUAAGAGCAGAGUUGUAAAGCAGUAAACUCGUAAAGUUAGUUAGAAUACGAACCAAAAUGAGUCUACAGCAGAUAAUCUGAUGCAAAGUAAUAUAAAUACAGAAUAGAGUAAUUCAAAUUUGAAAUUAAAACCAAGCCGCUACUCAACAAAUGACAACAUUAAGGAAACUUCUGAAAUAAAGAACAUUCAAAAAAUUGUUGAUUUAAAUUAAGAAAUCUUAUUGUUGGGUUCAUUGUAAAAAGAAAAUCCCAUCGAUAAUAUUAAUGAUAGCAAGUUAAUAAAUAUUUAGAGUUCUGAUAGAAUUGAACUGAAUGAAAAGGUUUAGAACAACCAUAACAAUAGCAAUAGCAACCAUUAAAAUUUUAAUUAGCAACAUAGGUUAAGCAAUUUAAAUAGCAGUCUAUUUUUAGGUAAUAGCUUGAUCAAUAAUAAUUUUUAACAAGACUAAUAGCUAACAAAAGAUGAGAGCUAGUUAAAUAACUUUAAUGAUGUCCACCAUUCGAACGAAGCUCUAUAUCAUUCUAAUAAAAAAUAUUAAGCAGCUAAAUAUGAUGAUAUUAUGGUUAUUUAAGAAGAAAACCAAGAAUUUAACUCGAAAAACACUUUCAAUGUCUAAGAAUUUAACUCAAGAUAGCAUUCUGCUAAUCAAUUACUUUCUAGUAAGCAUGGUUUACAAUUUAAUAGUGCCUUUAGAUCAAAGUAGCAAACAAUUGGUACUAAAAAAGAAGAUAAUUAAGAGCAAGAUAAAGAAAAAAGUAAUCUGAAGGAAAGCAAAAAUCCUUUCACGUAAGAUGGUGGAAGUAGAAGACAAAAAAAAUAGGAUCUACAAUCAGUUUCUUCGUCAAGUAAAUCAGUUGAAAACAAAUAUUUAUUUGAAAUGAUUCAUACUAAAAGAUAAAUAAGCUAUCUUAAAGUCAUUAACUUUAUUGGUAUUGCAUCUGUGUUAAUAACUCUUUCUUUGACUUUGUCAGGAUUUUUUACAUUUCUUUUUAGCUUGAUCUCAUAAAGAGAGAAUUUCAAGUUCAUAAACUGGGUUUAUAUGAUAAAUAUAAAUUUAAGUUACGCUUUAUCAGAACGCUACUUAAUAGAACUGAAUAGAAAUAACUUUUUAUACACUCCAUAAUCUAUGAAUUAAACAUUUAGUGAAUCACUUAUGUAAGAAAACCUAUCUAGAAUUAAUAAAAGCUCGUAAGAAAUGCUAUUACUCUAUAAUAACACCAAUCCAGAUAUCUAAGUGUUUAAUAUUAUUUAGUAAAAGUAUUUACCUCAAAAAAUUUUUUAAAGUCUGAAUACAUAUCAACAAUACAAUAUCUCUAUGCUGUAUUCAAUUCUUUUGUAAAUAGAAGGUCUCUUUUAUUUUAUUUAAGAUUUAGAUCCAUACAGAAUUAUAUACAAACAAAAUAGAAUUAAUUACCCAACAAUUAAUAAUUAAGUCACAGCUGUUUUUGAUUAGUUGAGUACCCAGUAUUAAACAUAACUGGACUCCAUUUUGAGUUAGAGUUUAAUUCAGCUUUAUGUUGUUCUUAUUGUUUCCUUACUUUUCUUAGUCAGUAUCAUCCCAAGCUUUAUUUUCACCAAACUUAGGUAACAAAAAAUAUUAGAGCUCUUUGCUACAUUUGACCCUGCUACUUUGAAAGAAAUACUAGGCUAACUAACCUAUCAAUUAACACUCUAUGGAGGAUUUGAUAAAAAUCAAACUAUUGGGUCGAAAUCUAACUUUUCUAAUAUGAACUAAACUCACAUUUCUAAACAGGCAUAAGCAAUUGUUAAUGUAGAAAAGAAAUUGAAUAUAAGUAGAACAUCAGUUAUUUAAUAUUCAGUCAAGUAUCUCGCAUUAGCCCUAAUUUUGAUAUUUGGUCUAAUUAUGAUAUACCCAAGCGUUUUCUAUGUUACAGUUAGGGAUUUCAUAAAUAAUUCAAAUAUCAUCUUCUAAUUUAACAAUGUUGUGUGCAAAACAUAUUUUAUUGUUGCCAACACUAACAGAUCAAGGUAAGGUUUGUUAGUAGCUUUUCUGAUGCCUUAAGAUUAAGCAGUAACUGUAUCUUAAUAUUAAAGUUCCUUAGAAGAUAUUCUUGAUACAUUAAAAGAUUUACCUGACAUGAUAAAUCAAAAUUUAACCUAAAUAGAUUAAAGCAAUUUGUAUAAUAACCAAAUUUAUUAGAGUUUUCUAAAGAAUGUUUACACUGGAAAUGCAUGUGAUACAAUGAAUAAUUUUACACAAUAUUAAAAUAAUGACUUUCUUUACAGUUAGUGUAACUCAGUAGGUAAAGGUUCCCUUUAAAAAGGUCUGCUUAAUGGUGUAUUUUAAUUCAUUUCUGUAUUGAAAGAUUUUGCAUCUUUUGCUUUCAGCUAUGAUCUUUAAACUUUUUAAGCUGGUUUAAAAUAAUACUAUGCUAACAGCGCUGCUUAUUCGCAAUUUUAUUUCAAAGUAGAAUUGUCUAAAGCUCAUGAGUAUAUCAUGAAUUUCUUUUAAGAUUAAAACUAAUAGCUUUACGAUUAUUAUGAAAAAAUCGCUAUAGUCUUGGUCGCAUUCUAAGUGUCUUUUGUCAUAUUAAUCUUUUCAGUUAGUUGGUAUUACUAUUUUAGCAGUAUAAACAAUAUCAUUUUUAGUACCAAACAACUUUUGGAUAUCUUUCCUUAAACAACUUUAAUUUAAAAUACUUAUAUAAUGUCAUAUUUACGUAAAAAUGAAUGAUCAGUGU